AGUAAAGGUCGUUGCAGAGAGUCGCUCGGUUCGUCAUCAUCCUCUCAGUGAUGUUCAGUCAGUGAUGGCGGACAGCGCGAGUGAGAGCGACACGGACGGAGGCGCCCCUCACUGCUCCUCGACCUCCUCCGUCCUCAUCUCUCCCUUCCGUCUGGAGGAGCUGAAGAACCGCCUGGCAUCCUUACAGCAGGAGAAUAAAGUGUUGAAGAUCGAGCUGGAGACCUUUAAAUUGAAGUGCAAAUCCCUGCAAGAAGAGAACAUAGAUCUGCGCAGAGCCAGCGUCACUAUGCAAGCGAGGGCAGAACAGGAGGAAGAGUUCAUCAGUAAUACUCUGUUCAAGAAGAUCCAGGCCCUGCAGAAAGAAAAAGAAACCUUAGCAGUCAACUAUGAGAAAGAGGAGGAGUUCCUCACCAAUGAACUCUCGCGAAAACUCAUGCAGUUACAACACGAGAAAGCCGAGCUGGAGCAGCACCUGGAACAAGAGCAGGAGUUUCAGGUGAACAAACUGAUGAAGAAGAUCAAGAAACUGGAGAACGACACCAUCACCAAACAGCUGACUCUGGAACAGCUCAGACAUGAGAAGAUCGACCUGGAGAACACUUUAGAGCAGGAGCAAGAGGCUCUGGUGAAUCGACUGUGGAAGCGCAUGGACAAGCUGGAGGCAGAGAAAAGGAUUCUUCAGGAGAAGCUCGACCAGCCCGUCUCGGCCCCCCCGUCCCCCAGGGAAAUCUCCAUGGAGAUCGACACGCCGGAGAACAUGAUGCGGCACACCCGAUUCCUCAAGAGCGAGGUGGAGCGUCUGAAGAAGAGCCUGCGCUCAGCAGAACUUCAGCACACGGAGAAUAGGGCUCAGUAUAUAGAAGAGGACCGUCACAUGCGAGAGGAGAACAUCCGUCUGCAGAGGAAACUCCAGCGAGAGGUGGAGCGUCGGGAAGCUCUGUGUCGACAUCUCUCAGAGAGCGAGUCCAGUCUGGAGAUGGAUGACGAGAGGUACUUUAAUGAGAUGUCUGCUCAGGGUCUGCGUCCUCGUACGGUCUCCAGUCCCAUUCCCUACAGCCCGUCCCCGAGCUCCAGCCGACCCAUCUCGCCAGGAUUGUCAUAUGCGGGUCACACGGUGGGCUUCACCCCUCCAUCCACGCUGACCCGAGCAGGCAUGUCUUAUUACAACACACCCGGCCUGCACGUCCAUGUGGGAACCUCGCACGGCGCCGUGAGACCUUCCCCGAGGAGGAGCAACAGCCCGGACAAAUUCAAGCGCCCCACGCCCCCGCCUUCCCCCAACACACAGCCUCAUCCUCCUCCAGCACCCACAGCAUCAUCACAGCCAUAGGACCCUCGCACGGACACUUCUUCAUGUUUUGCAUUGACCGCACACAUCUGAUGCGGAAUUGAACAUCCUUCAUCAGUCUGCGCUGAUUUUAGCAAGUUCAAAUUGCAUUCACAUCUGAUAGAAUCUAAAUCGUUUGGUCUUGAAAGGACAAAAGAUAAAGCGAAUUGUGGUUAGAGUGGACCUGUCGGACAUUACAGAAAAAAACCGAUGGCUUUAGUACUGGCCUUAAAACAAAACCGAAACUGAGUGCCACUUAGGGUUGGAAAAGUCUAAAAUGUAUUGUGUUUGAUAGUAACCUGUUAACCUCCAUUAUGGCUCAUAAAUGUCUAUUUAGAAAGCAACCACAAAUGCUCAGCAUUAUUGGAUUAGUUUGAUUUUUUUUUUGCUUUGAUCGUCAAGAUAGGUGCCAUUAAAGUAAUGAAAUGUAUAUUUUACCGUUAUUUCUAUUUUGUGAUGUUGAUUCUUCUGUCUCUUCUGUGAGGUUUUCUGUGACUGCAGCAGAUCUUCAAACCUCCUCAUGACUCCUAAAAUGUUUUGUAUUUCAGCAACGUGAACAGAUUUGUAUUGUUUCUUCACGCAAAUGAAACUCCAAUUUGUUCUUGUUCAACGCAUCUGCUAGCACUGUGAACAUUUGUUUUACUGCAAACAUGAGACAGAAUCUGAUUUGUGCAUGAAGGUGUGUAAAUAGACCUUUUGAACACUUUGCAAAAAUGUGUUGUAAACUGUGUGGUUCUUUUUUUUACUGUUUGAAAGCGCUUCCACCAUUAAUGUGUGCAUUCAUUGUUUUAUUCAUCAUCAGUGACUUACAUGAUCUUAACUUACCAAAUAAAUCCUUAUGAGUCUGUACAGCUAAACAUGCCGAACACAAGAAGGCACUAACUGUAGACUAUAAAAAUGACAAAUUUAUUGCAGAAUUAGUCGAGAUCAAAGUAAACCCAUUAUGCGUUUUCUGGUACUAAGCAGAUGGACCGAUGGAUGCUGUAUGUGUACACAGACACUGAUGAUGAUGAUCAUCCUCAGCAGCAGCUCGCUAUACUGCACACUGUAUGCAGGCUUUAAAGAAGUCUUUUGAUUUCUUUACGGUGUGCUUUUAAAAGCAAGGGAGAUGUUAAAUAUUUCGCUGUAAUUUACCUGUUUUUUUGUAAAUACUCUGUUACCUUUUCAUCAUGGCAUGUUUCUGUUGUGCUGUUCAGAGCUCUGCUUAGUUGUUAUUUUUAAGACUGCUGGCAGGUAAAUGUAAUAUUUGGUCAUUAGCAGAAGGACACCUUUGAGCCUUAAUUCUCUGUGCUUUGACCGACUGUGAGUUUUGUCCCCACAUCACACUCUUAAUGCCUUAAUAUGCCCUUCAGUCGCUCUGUGAUGUGUUUGUCACUACAUGUUUCAUUCUAUAGAGAGUUUGGUAAUUAUACAGCGAGUCAUCUGAAUGUUUACACACAAAUAAGAUUGAAAGGUUUGUCUUAAGCAGAUCUGUAGUUGAGUCAUUGUGUUUUUUUUUUUUACUAGAAUCUGUCCAUAUUCAUGAUCAUAAUGCAGUGUUAACUUUUUGCUAAAUGUGUCUUACAGAAAAAAUAAAAACCAUUUUA